AUGCGCGUAGGCGGCGCGCAUAAAUCAUUCGUGUUGGCCUUGAUCGCACUCUGCCUGACCGUCAGCCACGCAAAGCGCACGAAGAAAGCGGGCAGCAAGACGUUGCAGCGGAUCAAUAGUCUCAUCAACGAGCACAUCAACAAGUGAGUUUGUUUUGGUGCUUUACAUAGAAAGUGUGACUGUAAAUAUUGCUUUGUAAAGUUGUUAGGAUUUGAUGAGAUUUGGUGAAAAAUUGUAGCAUGGUUGGGCAUGCUAUAUACUGGAUUUACAGCACAGGAACAAUAGAGUUUUGGGUCGGAAAAUGCCUAGAAUUUAGGUUCUUUUGAAGUGUUUAGUACCAAAUUCAGAAGACUUUUUUCACAUGUUCCAAUUAAGAACUUUAUCCAAAAAUCAUUACUUUUUGUCAAAAAUUAACUAUUAAGAUAUGGCUAGUACUUUUUUUCACUUACCAUUACCACUCAUUUUCCAUAGUAUGGCGCCUACAAAGGUCGAUGAAUAGCUUAGCGGCGACUGCCAAGAGAGACUUGAAAUUUUCCCACAGUAAAAUGCGCUAUAGUAGAUUUCUUAUAUACGCAAAGUUUCAACAAAAAUUGAAGCAUCGUACAUCAAAACAAUUAAAAAUCUUAAAGCUCUCAUUAGUCAAUUUUCUAUGUAAAAAUAUACUUGUAAAUAUCAGUCUGUCUGGGAAAUAGUGAGCGCAAUAUCGCUGGGCCAAUGGCGUCGCUGAAGUUAAAGCAAUUUGAUUUUGCCGCGACACAGUUCAUUUUCUCGGCAGCGAUGCGAUUUUUGAUGCGACAGAGUGGUCAUUGUUUUCCCGACAGGCCGAUACAGUGACGGACCUGAUCCAGUGGCAAAAAGCCAUUUCGCAUCCAGGAAGCAUCAAAAAGGUGGCAAAAUGCUUCCUUCUCCAAGUGGAAAAAACUUCGUUUUGAAGAGCGCGCCCCUUCCCUCACAAAAAGAUCGGCGCGCCUUUGAAAUUGGAGUUUUUUUUACUUGCAGAGGGAAGCAUUUUGCCACAUUUUUGAUACUUCCCAUUUGCAAAAUGGUACGUUUUUUGCCACUGGAUCAGGUCCCCCACUGUAUUUCCUUUCAUUUUUCCAGAACGCUUCCUCAAUUCGACACUCCCUCUCUGCCUCCGCCCAAACUCAACCCCAAUGCUCGACGUCAUCCCGACGAACUCAGUGUCAACGAUCCGGAAGACUUUUUCCAAGGAGACGUCGAGCUGUCCGACCGCCAGGCCACCAUCAUCGAGCAGGACCUGCUCGAGAAGUUGGGGCGCGCCAACGCCCGUCGCAAACGCAAAGUCGGACGUGAGUCCGUGUACAAACGCUGGGACACCAAGCGACCGAUCAGUUACGAGUUUGCGGAGAGCAUUCCAGAGCCCACCAAGCAGCGAAUCCGCGAGGCCCUCGGGCUGUGGGAGCGGAACACGUGCAUCCGCUUCCUGGAGAACGGACCCGACGUCGACCGACUCGAGUUCUACGACGGUGGAGGGUGUUCGUCGUUUGUGGGAAGAGCGGGCGGCACACAGGUAAGUAGAGGGUAGACUUGGCUGCCGGGCUGGGCCGGCCCGGGCCGGUGUUCGGGCCGGGCCAAAGCAAAAUUGAAACGGGCCGGGCCGGGCCGACCUGUUCCGGCCCGCGGGCCGGGCCGCAACUUUCGGCCCGGGCCGGCCCGGCAAAAUUAAAAUUCUGAAUUUCAAAGCGAAAACUUGGGGCCAAUAAAAUUAAAACGCAAAGCCAAGAAGGGGGUUUAUAUUUUUUUCACAGUAAUCAUAAUUCUAUAAAAAUAAAGCACGGAAGUACUCAAAAAUGGCUAAUAAUAAGUAAUUUUACUAGUAAAAUCUAUUAAGUACUAAUGUAGAUUAGUGUUUGUAGUAAUUUUUUGAACAAACACUCAAAAAAAAACGUAACCGGCAUCCUUAAAAACACAAUUAAGAAGUCGUGUGAAGCAACACUAUCAUCUGGAAGUUGAAAAUCUUGAUAAACGUGGUUCUACCUUUGCUGAGUCUAUAAAAUUGAUCUUGGGGCAAUUUUUAAUAGUCUGAAAACGGAUAUCGGGAUUUUUUUGAUUAAUUUUAUAAAGGCAAUGGGUUGGUAAGUAAUUUUUUGCUUAAAAAAUAUACUGUUAGUUGUUAUAGUAAAGAAAAAUGUGUCACAUCUAAUAGCGAAUUAAGGUUUUUUACUUCUUCUCAAUUUUCGGGCCGGCCCGGGCCGAAGAAAAAUUGAAACGGGCCGGGCCGGGCCGACCUCUUCCGGCCCGCGGGCCGGGCCGCGAUUUUCGGCCCGGGCCGGCCCGAGAGCCAAGUCUAGUAGAGGGCACGUCAAACGGACAGGGGAAAUACUUCAAGUGCGACGCCCAGAUUUUAUUUAAAAUUUUGCACACUUGUCGGGUAUGGACUAAAUAUCAAUUCCUGAAAGUUAGCUCCCGCUUUGCGGGCGCCGCCGAGAUAUCGAACAAUUUUUGCCGCCGAGAGAGCACGCUAAACGUGGAGAGCGGUCAGAGAGAAAAACACUUUUUGGCCAUAACUUUGGCAGUUUCGUGCGGAAAAUUUUGAUUUUUUGUAGGAACACUAUCCUUUACGGUAAAAAUGGGCAUGAAACUUUUCGUGCCGAAAUUCGGCAAAAAGUCUUAAAUUUUCGCCGACUUUCGAUCUAAAAAUCUCGGUUUUUUCUGCAAAGCGCGAGCCAGGAUUCUCGCAUAUAUCUUAGAAAAAAAUAUUCUAAAUUUGUGCCAAGUUUCAUCAAAAUCUGAGCGUCGCACUUGUAGUACUUCCCCUGUGAGAUAAGCCAAAACAGUCCAGUGAAUGGAUUGGCCAUUUGCCAAAAAAAGACGCGAAAAAACGUUUUGUCGGAGAAGAAUGGGGAAUUUUUGGGGCGAGAGAGUACGCUUUUGCGUGUCUUUUUUCUCACAUUCUCUGCGAAAUCAAGACGAAGUGUAAAAAACCGAUAGCGAAGGGUCUAUUCCGGUCAUCGGGCUCCUCAGCUUGACGUGCAUGGUCUUUCAAGAAACGUGAAGAAAAGUAGCAGUCUAUAACUUUCGGCGGAGGCGGCGCAGAGAGUUCAUUUUUGGAAUAUGUAUUUUUAAGCGACAUUAUUUUUUGCCCACGAAAUAACAAGAUUUUUAAAUGCAAAUGAGGUCGCUACAACCUCUUGAAAAAAGGCUCUUUUACCCCGAAACCCAGGGUUUUUCGGUUGAAAAUGAUCGAGAAAUUUCAUAGUUUUUCGGUUGGAAAUCACCAAGAAAUGUCGGAUUUUUUCGGGGGUUUCGAUAAAGUUGACGUUUAAAAAAAGGGAAGUUGUUGCCAACACGUUGAAAAGUAAGCAAAUAUUCCAAAAACGAACUCUCUGCACCGCCUCCGCCGAAAGUUAUAGGCCCCUACUUUCCUUCACGUUUCUUGAAAGACCCUGUAGAAUUCGAUUUGCAAUGAAUUUGAAAAAAUCCAAGUCAUUGCAAUUUGAAUAUUAGGGUGAACCAAAAAAUUUUUCGGAUUUUUUAUUUUCAUUUUAUAUCGCUUUCAGGGAGUCUCCAUCGCCACACCGGGCUGCGACGUUGCCGGCAUCAUUGCGCACGAAGUGGGACACGCGCUCGGCAUCUUCCACGAGCAGGCCCGACCCGACCAGGACCGCAACAUCCGCGUCCACUACGACAACAUCCCCGUCUCGCGCUGGAACAACUUCUACCCCAUCGGCAACGACCAGGCCGACGUCUUUGGUCUACCAUAUGAUGCUGGCUCUGUGAUGCACUACGGGCCGGGCGGGUUCGCCAUCAACCCGUACCAUGCGACGAUCUCGGUGUUGGACGCGAAUUGGCAGAGUACGAUCGGCCAGAGAGUGGGGCCUUCGUUUCUCGAUUAUCAAGCUGUGAGUUGGCUGUGUAUAUUUAUAAGCUACUGAAAGGCCAAAGACGCUAAAAAUUACUUUGAAAACCCGCUGAAACAGGUCGUUACAGAAAUCUAAGGGCUAGCCAUCAAUCUGUUAUCAGUCUGUCGGGAAAAUAAUGAGGGCAAUUUUGCUGCGACAAGCGUGUCGCUGAAUCGAAAAGCAAUUUGAUUUUGCCGCGACACAAUUCAUUUUCUCGGCGGCGAUGCGAUUUUUGAUGCGAAAAAGAGCUCAUUAUUUUCCCGACAGACCGGUAGUAUUUUCAUAAAGUGAAUGGACUUUUGUCGCCGUGCACAAAAAAUUCCGCCUUUUGCACCGUGCAUUUCACUUUUAUUUUGGUUUUCGUUUCGCACUGUGCAUUUGAAAUAUCGCUGCGACACAAGCAAGUUUCAAUUCCGUCAUUGCAAAAAAUUUGCACAGUGCAAACGGCCAUUUUUUAGGUUUGCACUGUGCAUUAUAAAAAGAGGAAAAUGCACUGUGCGUUAGCGACAAGCGUGGGAAAGAGUUCAAAAAGAGCUGGGCGAAAAAAGAAAAAAUGUCCAUGCACUUUAUGAAAGUUCCAUCAGUCUGUCGAAAAAAUAAUGAGCACUUUCGCACAAAUUUUUGUAGGCUCAUGGUGGUUUGAAUGGUUUGAAAAAUGGCUUUGAUUGCAAUGAAAUAUUAGUCUGUCGGGAAAAUAAUGAGCACUCUGUCGCAGCGAAAAUCGCAUCGGCGACGGGAAAAUGAAUUGUAUCGCGUCAAACUCAAAUUCCUUUUCAUUUCAGCGACAUCGCGCUCAUUAUUUUCCCGACAGACUGAUUAUAAAUAUUUGUCCAUUAAAAAAUCAUUUUCAGAUUAACAAAGCCUACAAAUGCACGGAACAUUGUCCUCCGAUCAACUGUAAAAACGGCGGAUAUCCAAAUCCCCACAACUGUAAAAAAUGUAAAUGUCCGGUGGGCCUGGCGGGCGCACGUUGCGCUGACGUGCAGUUCUCGGUCUGCGGAGGCGCUCUGAAGGUGAGGAAACUAUUUAAAACUGCUUAUAUUUUUAUUUAGCAUCAAAAUUCAAGCCCUUCUUCAACGAUUUUCGCAUUUUCAGGCCUCCACAAACAAGCUUCAAAUCCAAUCGCCCAACUACCCUCUGCCAUUCCCGCAGGGCAUGGACUGCAACUGGCUUAUUCGAGCGCCCAAAGGCGGGAAAAUUUAUCUUCAAUUUGUGGAUGAGUUCAACUUUGAGUGCAUCGACACUUGCGACGCCUCUUAUGUGGAGGUCAAGUUGAAGAAGGACUUUCGCAUGACCGGCUAUCGUUUCUGCUGUAGCCAAGCGCCGUCGCAGACGCUGGUCGCGGACUCGGAGCAAAUGGUUGUGCUGCAUCGGGGAAUGGGCCAAGUUUCGGCCGGAUUCCGAGCGUUAAUCUGGUCCGACAAGGAUCCGGAUGAGUCUGAAAAAUCGCAGAUUACUUCCACAAGUCGGCCGUUGUUUACUCUCCCGUUCACGACAACUAUGCGAACGACAACUACGACUGCAGAGCCGGAAAGACCAAUUGAGACCACUAGAGGCAUGGAGAAGAUUGAGGAAGUUGAAUUUAAGCCGGAAAUUGUGCAACCAACUAGAUUUAGAACUUCCCCACCACUUUUCACGACCACUACAACAACUUUAAGACCUACUACAGCUACCACAACUACCACUGAACCACCACUAACAGAGAUUUACGAGAAGAAAACGACCAUUUCUCUGCUGCCCGGGGAAAUCGACCAAUUUCUUGGCGGAGCCCUAGGCCCUGAUGAGAAUUUGGAGAAAAUCGAUGAGGAAAAUGAAAAAGAAAAGGAAUUCACGCUGUUCCCAACGUUGUUACCGACAUUUCCGAAUGUCUUCGGAAUGACGACGGUUCCGCCGAGUUCCGUGGAAGUUCAUUCGACGGAGACGCCGGAAGAAGUGACUGCUCCGGAUGGUGAGUUUGGCGAUAAAUUAUAUUAAUAUAAAAUAUAAACGCAAAGUCAAUCGAAAUUGGCUGUAGAGUAAGUAGCGACGAAAUUAGAACCUAGUUUUAUGAUUCUGUCGGGAAAAUAAUGAGCACAAUGUCGCUGCCCCAAUUGCGUCGCUGAAGAAAAGAAAUUUGAUUUUGCCGCGACACGAUUUAUUUUCCCGGUGGCAAUGCGAUUUCCGAUGCGACAGAGUGCUCAUUAUUUUCUCGACAUUGAUAAUUUUCAAGAAUUUUAUCUCAUGCUAUGCAAGCGCAGCCAAGAUAUUCAAAAAUCUGUCUAGAGAAGGCAUGCAAAAUCUGGCCCAUAUCUAAGCUUUACCCUUCAAGUGGUUUGGGGUUUGGUUAAAAAACAAAGCAGCUUUCUUAUAAAAAUUAAAUUUCCUUGGUUUUUUAUUAUUCAGUAUGGGGUUUUGCGACUUUGCUUUCAUUUUUUAGAUCCUUAAUUACUGGUGCGUUCGGUGAUUUCUGCGGUAUGCACUGUGGAAAAACAAAAGUUCACGUUGCAGUGUGCAAUUUCUUGUUUUUUGCACAGUGCAAGUGGCCUUCUUGGGCUAUCAACAUGUCGUCGAAAUCGCUGCUGCGAUUUUACAAUCAAAGUACAGGGUGUUUCAAGAAAUUCACCGGAAAGUUUUUAUCGAUUUCUUGGUGUUCAGCAAAUAUUCGUGUGAUCGUCAAAAAAGUGCCCAAAUGUUUUCGCUGAAUACACUGUUUUCCGCAUUAGCGGAGAAAAUGAUUUUUUUAGGCGAAAAAUCGCCCAUCUUCUUCUUUGUCAGGCAGAAAGAAUUUUUUGGAUAUCUUGAAUGAGCGGCAAGAAAUCGACAAAAACUUUUUUCUUUUAUUUCUUGAAACACCCAGAAGUUUUUGUGUGUCUAGAAAAUAAUGAGCACAAUUACGCUGCACCAAUUGCGUCGCUAAAGUGAAAAGCAAUUUGAUUUUGCGGCGACACAAUUCAUUUUCUUGGCGGCGAUGCUAUUUUCUAUGCGACAAAGUGCUCAUUAUUUUCCCGACAUAAUGAUAAAAUUCUUUUUCAAACCCCAAUUUUUUCAUUUUUAGGCGCCGAAUGUGCCUGCGGCCCUUGGUCGGAAUGGAUUGCGCCGUGCACGCAAAUGUGUGGCGGUUGCGGGAAACGGACUCGAACCCGCCCCUGUCGCUCCGAGAAAUGUCGCCGCGAAGAGAAGCGGACCUGCAAUUUCGACGUGUGCCCCAAGGGUACCAACUUUCUGUGGACCAACGGCGAGUUCCACUUCCUGUUCGACGGCUGUUGCUUUGGCAGUUUUAAUAACGGGAACGGCGUCUGCAGCGGGAUCGAGCAGGAGAAGAACGGCGGGGUCGUGCAGUUGUUAUUGAACCUGCUGAAGGCCGGAGAUGAGCCGGAUGGAACGAAGAGGCGGACGUUCGUCCCGGAUUAG